AUGAAAGGCAUGCGAUCUCAUUUAAAAAGACAAAAGAUAGACGAAUUGAUAAGUGAAGCUGAUUUCAUUUCUGAACAACUAAAAAAACGUUAUGCCAACAUAAAUAAAUUAAUCAUUCAUGGAAUGGUAGAGGUUAAAUCUCCUAUAAAAGCAGGCGAGGAAAAAACUUUUGUGGAAACAGGCAAAAGAUACUCUGUAAACCCUAAAGGAAAUAUUAUAUCGAAAAAAUUUUCUGACGAACAAAUUGUUGUUCGUCUCUUUGAAUCAAAUCCGACAUUACAUAUUGCAUCUAUAACACCUUUAGCACUUGUAGAAUUUAUUGAAGAAUUAAAAAUUGAAAGAAAUUUAAAGGAAAAUUCAAAUAAAAUUAAAAAAUUUGACGAUUUACAUGAUAAAUUGCAAAAAAGAUGGGCUAAAGCUCUUUUUGAUUAUACAUUUUCUGUUAGACAUCCUGAGAGAUUUGGACAAGUAGUUAUUGAAGGUGCUGAGUAUACGAGUUCACGUACAUUUUAUAAAGGCAAAAAGAUAUUCCAAAUACAGCAAACUCUUAAAUACGACCCUCACAGUGCUAAUACAAGCACUUUUUAUGUUGGGAUUUAUGGAGUUGAAAAUUCUGUAAGAAAAAUUAGUGGGACAAAAGAUUCAGCAAUUAUUGCAGCUAUAGGGGAUGCAAAUACAAGUGCUCAUUUUAUGACAUCUAGUGGGACUAGUACAGGCAAGUUUUUAUUUUGA